AUGGCCGAUUUUGAUUUUGACCAGGUGCUAAACUUGGAAGAAGAAUAUUAUAACGAAGGGUUUAAGGAGGGCCAAGAAUUUUCGACGAAAGAGCAAUAUAUAGAGGGGAAAGAAUAUGGGUAUCAAACUGGGUUCCAAAGAUUUGUGAUGGUUGGUUACAUGAAGGGCCUUCUAGAGUCAUGGAGAGAACUAGAGAACCCAUCUUCAUCAUUAGAAAAUCAUCUUAAUCAAUUGGAAUCGUUGAUAAAUACUAUACAGCUCACGAAUGGCGACGAGGAAGUUGCCAUAUACGAGAAGAAUAUCUCCAAGGCUAGAAACAAGCUAAGGGUAAUUGCGACUCUAACUAAAGAUCUGGAUAAAGUGAACAAGCUAGACGAGCUUGUAAAGAAUGUUGGAGGAAGCUUACAAGUGAGUGAAAACGUAGAUGAUAUGUGGUAA